AUGGAACCCAAGUCAGACAGCGUGAUCAUCACCAUCGCCGACAGCAACAAGGGUCCCCGUCCUAGUCCUACUCCUACGGAUAUUAUUGAUCAUACUAGUAUUAAGGAGGCGGCUCAUGAUCAUCAAUCUGAUCAUCAUCAUCAUGAUCAUCAAUCUGAUGAUCAUCAUCAUGAUGUCGGCCCCACCUCAGCCGCUGCACCUGCACCUAAGAAGAAGCGUAGUGGAGGAGCUAUGCACAUUCUCCAAUUGGCCGUCUUUAUGCUCCGACGACGACAUCGUUCAGAUAGAAAAUCCAAACCCACCUCCUUCGAAGGUCAAGCUCAAGCCGUGACCUCAACAAAAGGCACGUGGAAGCGCCUCGUAGGGUCCAUCCGCCCCUUGCACCUCCAAACCACCAGCAACUCCACGCCGCCAUCCUCCGUACACACACCUGCUCCAAGUGAACGAUACGAGGACGUGCUCCCUCCACCCAUGUCUCCGGCGAGAACCGACGACCUCUCCUCCGAAGAUGGCAUGACUAGCCGAUACGCCUCUGCCGUCAAUCUCCAAGAGCUAGACCGCACCGACGAAGACAACGACAACGCCUCCAUCGUCAACGCCAACAUUGACGCAAAGGCGGAGGAGUUUAUCGCUCAAUUCUAUCAACAGAUGAGGCUUCAGCGCUUGGAUCGCUUGGAUUCCGUCCAUCUGAGUUGCAACGACACCAUUCGGAGGUCAACCAGUUGA